AGCGGCUGCAACGCCGAGCGGAGGAGGCAGGAACCCGAAGGCAAGCAGGAGCUGGGUGGGGACCAUGGCCGGGAUCACCACCAUCGAGGCGGUGAAGCGCAAGAUACAGGUUCUGCAGCAGCAGGCCGAUGAUGCAGAGGAGAGGGCCGAGCGCCUCCAGCGGGAAGUGGAGGGGGAAAGGCGGGCCCGAGAACAGGCUGAGGCUGAGGUGGCCUCCUUGAACCGUAGGAUCCAGCUGGUUGAAGAGGAGCUGGACCGAGCUCAAGAGCGCCUGGCCACUGCCCUGCAAAAGCUGGAGGAAGCUGAGAAAGCUGCUGAUGAGAGCGAGAGAGGUAUGAAGGUUAUUGAAAACCGAGCCUUAAAAGAUGAGGAAAAAAUGGAACUCCAGGAAAUCCAACUCAAAGAAGCUAAGCACAUUGCAGAAGAGGCAGACAGGAAGUAUGAAGAGGUGGCUCGUAAGUUGGUGAUUAUUGAGGGAGACUUGGAACGCACAGAGGAGCGGGCCGAGCUGGCAGAGUCCCGUUGCCGAGAGAUGGAUGAGCAAAUCAGACUGAUGGACCAGAACCUGAAGUGUCUGAGUGUUGCUGAAGAAAAGUACUCUCAAAAAGAAGACAAAUAUGAGGAAGAGAUAAAGAUUCUUACCGAUAAACUCAAGGAGGCAGAGACACGUGCUGAGUUUGCUGAGAGAUCGGUAGCCAAGCUGGAAAAGACAAUUGAUGAUUUGGAAGAUAAACUGAAAUGCACCAAAGAGGAGCACCUCUGUACACAAAGGAUGCUGGACCAGACUCUGCUUGACCUGAAUGAGAUGUAGAACACCCCAGUCCCGCCCUGCCGCCGCUCCUCCCUCUCACCCCGACUCCGCUGAGGCCAGCCUGCCCGAAGCUGACCUUUAAACUGAGGGCUGAUCUUUAACUGGAAGGCUGCUUUCUCCUUUCGCCACCUCUCCCACCCCCUUACUCCUGUGUCCUUUUCGCCAAACUGUCUCUGCCUCUCCCCAGAGAUUCCAGUUGGGCUAGAGGCUGAGCACCUUUGGGAACAACGUUUAAGGGAAUGUGAGCACAAUGCAAAGUGUCUUUAAAAGCAUGUUGUGAUGUACACAUUUUGUAAUUACCUUUUUUGUUGUUGAUGUAACAACCAUUUGUAAAAAACAUUCCAAAUAAUUCCAUAGUUCUGAAGCAGCAGUCUAAUCCCUUUCUCACUUUUGGAAGGUAACGUUUCAGCUUAAUGCAUAUUGCCUUCUCCAGAGAGAAAGGGAAAAGGUUUGGGCCUGCCUUCCUGAGAGCCUAGCAGCCCAGAGAAAGGCUCCAUUUGGGGAAACCUCAUUGCUCUGUAAAAAGUACCCGCCAAACCAGAAAGAUGAUUCCAGGAGGAGUUAGCCAAAAAAAAAAAAAAAAGUGCUGUUCAGGUUUUCAGCUUUACGGUAUCUUUGGACAACUUUUUUUUUUCUUUUUUCAUCAGAAGUGACCAAACAAUUAAGAUGGUGAAACCUCUGAGACCAAAUCCUUGUCCCAGCUCUACCCUGUUCCCAACUGCUCACAGAAUGGAUCACGUGCCCUUUAUAUUGAAGUGACCACUUAAUUGCUCUCCUGCCUCCUUGAAAGGAAAGAAAAUGAUGUUUUGCCACUGAUUUAGCCAUAUGAAAUUCAUCUCAUCACCCUUUUCUGGGUCUGAAGCUGCUGUCUCCAAAAGUGCCAUCUCAUUGUGCUUUGUAUCGGUUAGUGCUGGAGAAAUCUUGAAAAGCUUAUGUACAAAACUUUUUAAAUUUUAUAUUAUUUUGGAACUUUGCUUCUUUGGGGUUGAGGCACACUGGUCACCCCUCUGCCUGUGAGAGCUCUCUACAGUCUGUGGGCUAGCAGUGUGCUGAUCUUUUGAAGUUUCUUUCCCUACCCAAUCCCCCUUUUUUGAUGAGGUUUCAGUGAGGUCUGUUAGGUGUGCAUCCUGCAGCUUAAUUGGCUUAAAAUGUUCUCUCCUUUGGUGUGGUCUCUUUGCAGACCAACUGGGAGAAAAAAAAACCAAUAGUGUAACUGUUUUGAUACUGAAAAUUGAUAAAUGUCUUUUUGAAAUAAAGAACCAGUCCCUCCAAAAAAAAAAAAAA